UUUUAGUGGAACUUUCAAUAUUUUGGUUGGGACAAUUUGGCAAAUGAUCAAUUAUACAUGUAGAUUAUCCUUUUCUGAUCUCUCUGGUGCAAUUUUAUUCUCAGUUUUUAGAAACUGAGGAAUUUCUUCCAGUGCUACCUAUCCAGAACUUUACUAAAAUCAGCCGAGUUCUCGGCUCUCACUUCCAUUCAGUUGUCAUCGCAAAUUCACUAGCUUAGCUUCUGACCCUUGUCAAGUUGUCUGAGCCUUCUGGGAGCUAAUCUGCUUGCAGGCUAUAGAACACUAUCAGAAAGCUUUCAGUACUUUCUUUUUGAGCAAGUUUGUAUAUUAGCAGGAUGCGCCUCGCAGAAUCACUAAGGGAUUCUGGAGAUGUCAGGAGUAGUAGAGAGGAGGCUGGGCCUAGCGGUACCUCUGGCUCUGUUCCAGAUAGCACUGCUCGUGUUAGGAGGUUUCCAUUGGCGGCGCAACCUGAAAUUAUGAGAGCUGCUGAGAAGGAUGACCAGUAUGCUUCCUUUGUCUACGAAGCCUGUCGUGAUGCCUUUCGUCAGCUUUUUGGUACAAGAGUUGCGAUGGCUUAUCAGAAUGAGACAAAGCUUUUGGGCCAGAUGCUUUAUUAUGUGUUAACAACAGGCGCUGGACUACAAACGUUGGGAGAAGAAUACUGUGACAUCAUUCAGGUUGCAGGACCAUAUGGGCUUUCACCAACACCUGCUAGGCGUGCCCUCUUUAUAUUCUAUCAAACAGCAGUUCCUUACAUUGCAGAAAGAGUCAGCUCAAGAAUUGCUUCUCGCGGCAUCUCACUUGCUGAUUCACUAUCUGAUGAUCUUCUUCUUGAUGAUGCUAGCCAGAGCACCCAUAUACAACCUCCUGAUAAUGAUGAAGUUGCAGUGUCCUUAUUAUCAGGUUUUUCCAGAUGGAAAGCAAAAGUAGUUGGACUAUGGUCCUAUGCAGUUCAGAGGUGGCCAUCAGUCCUUCCUUUUGCCCGUGAGAUUUUACAGUUGGUUCUCCGCACUAACCUCAUGUUUUUCUAUUUUGAAGGUCUCUAUUAUCAUGUUUCAAAACGUGCUGCAGGGAUUCGCUAUGUCUUCAUCAGCAAAACUACCAGCCAACGACCACGAUAUCAAAUAUUAGGUGUUUUUCUUCUAGUUCAGCUUUGUAUCAUUGCUGCCGAAGGAUUGCGCCGGAGUAAUUUAUCUUCCAUUGCCAGUUCAGUUCAUCAAGCAUCUCCUGGGACCUACCAAACAUCUGCAGGGCGUGGUUUACCUGUUUUGAAUGAAGAAGGCAAUCUCAUAAGUGGGGAUACUGAAAAGAGUAGUUGGGUCUCUGAUCUGGCAUCAACUUCUGAGUCUAGUGCGACUGGAGUUAGCAAAUGCACACUUUGCUUAAGCAACCGCCAACACCCGACAGCCACUCCUUGCGGUCACGUGUUUUGCUGGAACUGCAUUAUGGAGUGGUGUAACGAAAAGCCUGAGUGUCCUCUCUGUCGUUCUCCUGUAACUCAUUCAAGCCUAGUCUGUCUCUAUCAUUCAGAUUUUUAGCUUGUCAUAUUGAAUUCAAGUGCAAAAUACAAGAAAUAGUGACCUAACUACGUAGAAGGGUAAGCUUAGCGGGCAUUUUUUUGACCUACAUCAGAGCUUGAUUUUCUUUAUGAUUAGCUCAUGAGAAAUUGACCAGUUAAAAGAUUUAUAUCCUUGUUAAAAUAUUACGUCUGAGGAUGCCAUGAUUAGUCAAUCGUAGCCUUGUGUAACAGCAUAGAAGGAUUCAAUAAGAGUUGUUUUCCUUGUAUGAGCCUAUCGGUGCUCAAGCAUACAAAAGAACAGCACAAACUGUAUAAAAGUGAAUGUUGAAACCUGAAAUUCCCUAUGUACAUGCAUGGCAGCAAUGCCUUUGUCAAGUUCUGUAUAUAUAUAUAUAUACAUACAUACACGAUGAAUUAUAGAUUGAA